CAACACACUUUUGCAGCACUCUCAGCAAGAAGCAUUUUCCACUAGUCUUGCUUGGUUUUUGUUUACACUUCCGAGCCAGACCAUGUCCAAUCCCCAAGAGGAGCUGCUGCCGCCUAGCGCUGAGGAUGACGAACUCACUCUGCCACGCGCCAGCAUCAACAAGAUCAUCAAAGAGCUGGUGCCCACCGUGCGCGUGGCCAACGAGAGUCGAGAGCUGAUACUAAACUGCUGCUCAGAGUUUAUCCAUUUGAUCAGCUCUGAGGCGAACGAGGUGUGCAAUUUGCGAAACAAGAAGACUAUCAACGCAGAUCACGUCCUGGAGGCGCUGGAGCGACUAGGCUUCACCGACUACAAGCAGGAGGCGGAGGCAGUCUUGCACGACUGCAAGGAGGUUGCUGCCAAGCGACGAAGGCAAAGCACAAGGCUAGAGAAUCUGGGCAUUCCCGAGGAGGAGCUGCUGCGCCAGCAACAAGAACUGUUUGCCAAGGCGCGCGAAGAGCAGGCACGCGAGGAGCAGCAACAGUGGAUGAGUAUGCAAGCAGCGGCUAUGAUCCAGAAGCAACCUCACGCCGAUGGCUCCAUCGCCAGCAAGCCCAGUGAGGAUGAUGACGACGACGACGAUGAUGACUACUAGUAUAGUUUUUUUUUUCGAGCGUGUGCUUAUUGUAAUUUUAAUCUAAUAAUAUAUAUUGCCAUAAGAUGAAUUAUCAGCUAA